AUGCCCUCGCCACAGCCGUCUCCGUCGAGGAAGGCGCGUGUCUCGGACGAGUCGGAGGAGUCGACUCCUCUACUCGGCUCUCCUCUACCACCGCCAGCCUACCCGAGCAUAGUGCCUCGUGACACGGCUGCUGCUGGUCCGUCCCGGAACCAGGCCGAGUAUGACACGGGACCGUCAAAGGACCUCGAGAAUGCCGGCGUGCACCCUGCCGCCGUGCAUCUUCACCACAGGCCACGAAGGCCCUGGUCCCGCGGGAAGAUCCUCAGACUGCUCUUCAUUGCGGCCGCCCAUGCAAUCCUCAUCUGGUUGAUCCUGAGUGUCACCGUCGGCCGAGCCAAGAACAAAAAGAGCCACGUGCACCAUGACUUGCCAAACUGGGAGCAACUUCCCACGCUCUACCACUGCCAUGACCUGCCCUACACUCAGACUACGACCCACGACUUCAAGCACGUGGACGACCUCCGCAUCGUCGAGCAGAUACCUCAACACCACGGGGACUUCCACGACAUCCACGGCCUCAUCAGACUCGUGCCCGCCGCCGACCACCAAAACAGCAACCUGAUCCGCGCCACCGUGACAAUCUCCAGCAGCUCCCCAGACCUCCAGCGCUCCGUCACCGUCGCCAGCACAGACACGAGCCUAACCAUCCUGCAAAGCAUCGACACCCCAGAAAACAGCCGCCGCCCCAAGCCCACCCGCCCGCACGACGACGACGACGACGACGACGGCCUGUACGACCACGACCACCCCCACUGCACCUUCAUCGCCAUCACCCUCGCCCUCCCCCCACCACCCCCCACCACCCCCCUUAACACCCUCACCAUCACCGCCAUCCACCUCUCCCUCCUCGACCUGCACCUGCACCACCCCCUCCUCAACCUCACCCUCCUCCGCUCCUCCCUCGACGUCUGA